UGUUCUUCCUGUUUUUCGUUGUCAAAUUUCUUCUGUCUUCUUAGCUUUCCAACGCUUAAAAAACUUCUUUCUUUAAUUUGUUUCACAUAAUUUUUAGAGCUUCUACGAUCAUCUUUCAUGCCUUCGAAAGCAAGCAAUAAUGCAGGAAACCGAUCCUUGCCAAAAUUCGGAGAAUGGGACGUGAACGAUCCUCAAUCAGCUGAAGGUUUUACAUUAAUCUUUAACACAGCCAGAGAUCAAAAGAAAAAUGAUAAGACUAAUGCUGGCGCUUCAGGCACUAAUCAAAGUCCUAAUCAGAACAACCAAGGCAAGCAAAAGCAAAAGCAAAAGCAGCAACAAAAUCAGAAUAAUCAGCAACAUACUUCGGUGAAGCAUAAAUGGUUAAGUUGCAUAUUUGGUAAAUAAUGUUGGUGUACUGGUUUUGCUUCCACAUUGUAAUAGAAGGUGGCAUGUUAAUGUGAGAUUUAUAAUUGUUUUGCUAAGAUUUAAGCAAUUGUACGACCGAAAUGUUGUGAAGUAAUGAAGCUUUUUAAACAAUCUUCUGCUCUUAGAAUUUAUAUGGUUUUUGAGAAUUUUGUGGGAAAUCGGCGAUACUUUUCAUUUCCUAAGGUAGUACAAGGAUCAAGGUACGAGUUCAAUCCUUAUGGAGAGUAACGACUGGCCAGUUGAGUUAAGUGAAUGGGAGACGAUGUUGGGUUGACGCCCAGGAGAAUGAACGAUUUUUUUUUACUACUGUAGUAGAAGUGUAGAACACAGCACUGCCUCAGUCCAUAACUAACUUGAAAUUAAUGGUAAUGAUUUAUGAUGAAACUGCAACAAAUCAUUUACUUUAUAUAUUAUAUUCAUCAUCGGGUAGAAAUUAGCUUGUUUUUGAAAUAAGUGAUUAUAUUCAGGAUGACAUAAAACACCGAUGAACAUACUAAAACAGUUAAGACUUAAGAGCACCAGCAGGCAGCCAAUCUCCACACAAAUCAAGAUCGUAAGUCAGCCAGAUUUCUUUCUAAUCUACCUAUUG